UUCUGUGUGUGUAUGAGUGUGGCUAUGUGUGUGUAAAAGCAAAACGAGUGCAAUUGAUUUUCGUAUUUUACUCGCUACUCGGCAUCACUAUUUCGCACUCGCACUCGAACUUGUACUCGGUAUCGGACUCUGACUCCGACUCGGACUCGGUCUCGGACUCGUUUUUGUUCUUGUUUGUUCAUUUGCUCGCUCACUCGCUUCAUGGCUUGCUGACCAAUUCGGAACUCGCUCGCGAACUGUCACUCAAGUGGUUCGUGCGGUUCAUAAACAAACUCAAUUCUGAAAAACUCAAAACAAAAGGAGAAAAACAAGUGGAGGAAAAAUAAAAAAUCGCAUAAACAAACCAUAAAAAAGAAGAUAUCUGCAAUUGAGCUAGGAUGUCGGCAACCGGAGAUGCUGGCGCCGGUGCCGCCAAUGCCAGCAACAAUGUGACCGUCGUCCAGGCGACAGUCAACGUCAGCGGCGACGGCAGCCCCACCAACAACAGCAACAACAACUCAAAUGCCAACAACAGCAACUCGAACAACAAUGGCUCAACAGCCGGCAGCUCGAAAGGCCAGCUGCCGCUCACGCCCCGCUUCACUGCCGAGGAGAAGGAGGUGCUGUACACGCUGUUCCACCUGCACGAGGAGGUGAUCGACAUCAAGCACAGGAAGAAGCAGCGCAACAAGUACUCCGUGCGCGAAACCUGGGACAAGAUCGUGCGCGACUUCAACUCGCAUCCCCACGUGAGCGCCAUGCGCAACAUCAAGCAGAUUCAGAAGUUCUGGUUGAACUCACGCCUGCGCAAACAGUAUCCGUACAGGGACGGCAGCGGGUCCGGCGGCAGCUCGGGCAUGGGCAAAGUGAGCGCCAUCUCGGCCAACGCACAACAGCAACAGCAGCAGCAACAACAACAGCAGCAGCAACAACAGCAGCAGCAGCAGCAUCACGACAACGUCAAGGUGGAGCCUGAAUAUCAGAUUAGCCCGGACGCCUCUGAGCACAAUCCGCAGGGCGACACCUUCGAUGAGAUCGAAAUGGAUGGCAACGACGUUAGCGAAAUGGAGGACGAUCCGCUCGAGGCACAGCAGCAGCAGCAGCAGCAGCAACAACAACAGCAACAACAGGCGGCGCAGGCCCAGGUGGAGCAGCAGCAAUCGGCUGUCGCCGAAAUGCAGAAGCUGCAGGUGAGCGCUGCAGUCGCUGCUGCAAAUGCGAGCAUGUUGAACACGCAUCGCAUCAACGUCGACUCCAUAAGUGCCGAGAAGCUAACGCUGACCGAUCUGCUGCACUUCAAGCCGGCGCGGCCCCGCGAAGAGAUCAUAUUGCAGAUCAAGCAUCCCACCGAUGCGACAGCCACGCAAAUCCACACGAUACCCACGCAGCCGCAGCAGCACACGAUGGCCACCAUCACAGCCGGCGGCUACAAUCAGCAGAUCAUCAGCGAGAUAAAGCCGCAGCAGAUAACGCUCGCCCAGUACCAGGCGCAGCAGCAGCAGCAGGCGCACGCACAAGCCCAAGCCCAAGCACAGGCCCAGGCCCAGGCUCAGGCACAGGCCCAGGCCCAGGCGCAGGCCCAGCAACUGGCACAGCAGCAGCUGGCGGCGCAGCAGCAACAGUUGGCGGUGGCGGCGGCAGCGGCACACCAUCAGCAGCAGCAGCAGCAGCAACAGCAGCAACAACAGCAGCAACAGCAACAACAACAGCAGCAGCAGCAGGUGGCCGCAGCAGCAGCUGCUGUUAAGAUGCAGCUAGCCGGCGGCACGCCCACCUUCACAUUCAGCGCUCUGCCCAACGUGACGGCGGCCACCUCGGUGCCGGUGCCGGUCCCAGUGCCGGUGUCGGCGGCUGCAGCAUCCGUGGCAAACGUCAGCGCCAGCAACGUGGCAGCCGCGGCAGCAGUCACACAGCAGCAGCAACAGCCAGGCGACAGCUACGAGGAGCGCAUCAAUUACUUCAAAGUGAAGGAAGCAGAGCUGCGCUGCAAGGAGCAGCAGCUGGCCACCGAGGCGAAGAAGAUCGAGGUGAACAAGGCGCAGGACGAGCUCAAGUACAUGCGCGAGGUGCACCGCCUGCGCGUCGAGGAGCUCAAGAUGAAGAUACGCAUACUGGAGAAGGAGGAGGAGCAGCUGCGCAAAAACAGCACCACAUGAGAUCUGGAGGACAUUAGCGAUGCAGAGCCAGAAGUCGAAUUCGAUGAGUCGCCGCAGCAGCAGCAAUACAUGGAAUUGGAUAUGCAAUUGCUGCUGUAGA